UGAGACUUCCUUUUCCCUUUCCUCUUUCAACUAGCCUCCAAGAUGCCAACCAAGAAGACGAAGACUAGGAAGCUCCGAGGGCAUGUGAGCCAUGGACACGGUCGUAUUGGCAAGCACAGGAAGCAUCCUGGAGGUCGUGGUAAUGCUGGUGGUAUGCAUCACCACAGAAUCAACUUUGACAAAUACCACCCUGGGUACUUUGGAAAGGUUGGCAUGAGACACUAUCAUCUGAAAAAGAACACAGUUCACUGCCCCACUAUCAACCUGGACAAGCUGUGGACACUGGUGAGCGAGCAGACCAGACUCAACUAUGGCAAGAAGCCCGAGGGACCUGCCCCCAUCAUAGAUGCUGUCCGUGCUGGCUACUUCAAAGUCCUGGGAAAGGGCAAGCUGCCCAAGCAGCCCGUGAUCGUUAAAGCAAAGUUCUUCAGCCGACGGGCAGAGGAGAAGAUUAAGGCAGUGGGAGGGGCCUGUGUGCUGAUGGCAUAAGCUCCUGCUAAUGUUUUUUGCAUAAAUAAAAAUGUAUGAAUGGGA